AUGGCGAACAUUUACGCCUGCGGUCUCAUAAUCUCCUGGCUUUGGCUUGUGCUGUCGGCAUGCGUCAACGGACAAACGACAAAAGAAGAACAAGUGGAAGGUUUCUUUAGUCAAAGUGGCCAUACCAACAACUGGGCAGUGCUUGUAUGCACGUCUCGCUUCUGGUUCAACUAUCGUCACAUUGCCAACACGCUAUCCAUGUAUCGCACCGUCAAACGACUCGGCAUUCCUGAUUCCAAUAUUAUUCUUAUGCUUGCCGACGACGUAUCUUGCAAUCCUCGCAACAAAUAUCCAGCUACUGUAUACAACAAUGCAGCACGUGUAUUGGACUUGUACGGCGAGAACGUCGAAGUGGAUUAUCGUGGAUAUGAAGUAACGGUGGAAAACUUCAUCCGUAUGCUGACAGGACGUGUUUCCCCUGAUACGCCUCGUUCCAAACGUUUAUUAUCGGAUGAUCGAUCCAACAUUUUCAUCUACAUGACGGGUCAUGGCGGCGAUGAAUUUCUAAAGUUUCAAGAUGCCGAGGAAAUCAGUGCAUAUGAUCUCGCCUAUUCAUUCGAGCAAAUGUGGGAAAAGAGAAGAUACCAUGAAAUGUUCUUUAUGAUCGAUACCUGCCAGGCAAAUACAAUGUACAGCAAGAUCUAUUCGCCCAACAUUCUUGCUACUGGUAGCAGCAUGCUUGGAGAAAGUUCCUACUCGCAUCAUACGGAUCACGAUUUGGGCGUUGCUGUCAUUGAUGGAUUUACUUACUACAACCUCGACUUUCUCGAAAACAUCGACAUGACAAGCAACAAGACACUUAAAGAUUUGUUUGAUUCUUACGACCCUGCCAAGAUUGCUUCCCACCCUGGUAUCCGAUCCGAUCUCUUCAAGCGACCCCUUGACAAGGUGAAAGUGACCGAUUUCUUUGGCAAUGUACAAAAUAUCGAGUUGACUCGGCAACGGUAUCCUUUGAUGGAGGCUGAUCAAGAUGAACAAGAGGAGAUGCAUCCAUUUUCUGGUGAGAACAUGUCUUCCAUCUUGGAGCAAUACGACCAAACGACUAGGCAGCACGAUAGGACACAACAACAAUACCGAGCAUUCAAUGUACAACGUCCUGACGAGAGCUUUUUCGCUUGGUUACAAUCCAUGGCAUACAGCCCAUCCUCCAUCGUUGGGGUGAUUGCUAGCAUAACUAUUAUUUCGUUUGUUUGCAAGGGGAUGUUAGCAGCAUAG